AUAUGCAUAAGACAACAAAAUGGCCGCCAGUUGUUUGGUUCGAGAUCAUGUACUAACAUAAUAAAAGUACGACGUCAGUCAACUCUAAUUCGACAUAAUGUCGAUAGUAAGGGAUAAAUCGAAUAACAAAGUUAUUGAAAACACAUCCGAUUGCGGAGCAGAUGAACGGAAAGAAGCUUCCUCUCAACCACAAGAACUAUCUGAUGAUGAAGAGAACGGUGGAGCUGUCACUGAAAAGAGUCAGGUAAAGAAACUGCACCGAUGCACUUCAGAGAGAAAGAGAAAAGACCAAAUAAAGCAAGCGAUACAUCAAAUAGGAGAAAUGUUACCCCUUAAGUAUCAUACUCCAGGCCAGAAAGAGAGUUCUCUGCAUAUUCUUGAAUCUGCCAGACACUAUUUCCAGGAGAUCGUUGUCGCAAAUGAUAGACUACUGACUGAAAAUGUUUCGGAUGUAAUAGCUGAUGAGGUUGCUCAACUAAAAGAAAGGGUAAAGAAAUUAGAAUUAGAAAACGCAAGACUGAGUGCUCUUAAACUAGACAAAAAAAUAGUGGAAACUGUAACCACAAGCCAACAAUCUCCAAAAUCACCUGCAACGACUUUUAAACCUAACAAUGAAUCAUCUGCGAACCAGCAACCUGCGGACUCGAGUGUGGAUAUAGCCGAACCUGAAAGUGCGAUUCAAAAAAAGCGAAAAUUAAUGACCGUCAGUGAACACCUUGCGGCCAAAGAAUGCUCAGAUCAAACACCAGACAGUCAAACCCAGGAUGCAGGAGAUGUUUUUAUGCAUCAGCCUAUAGUUCUUUCGCAGGGUGCCCUACAUAACGUUAUGUCAAAUAAUCUACAACCUGCUGUUCCCAUGCAAACACCAAUGUUUACACAAAUGGCUCCAGUCAAUUUGGAAAAUUCUUUCUCAACAACUUUGACAACAACAGAAAAUACGGUUUUAGGGAACAGCGCGUCACUUAUAGAUGAGAGUCAGCCCUCUGGUAGGGUAGUAGUUCAAUCUAAUGGCCAAGUUUUCUUCGUCAACGAUGGCAAUAACCAGCAGACGAACGAAGUGAAUGAAACUGGUUCUGUUGAAGGGCUGUCUUGUCCGACAGCAGGCCAGGAAUCAUCCACCUCUCAACAACUAUCUGCAAAUUCAUCAAACCAACAAAUUGUAUCAGUGCCCAGCCAAGGGAAUAAUUUACCCCAAGCUUUACUUUUACCGAAUGGAACAGUUGUUCCAGUGGUAACUCAACCGCAUCUAGUUGUGGACAACAAGCCGACUUUUCUAAUGAAUCAAGCACAACAAGUAAUCAAACCCACUCAAGUUCGUCUACAGGGACAUCGGGGAAAAGAUCCUCAAGCGAUGAUAACUUCAACAGGAACAUUAGUCCUAACUCUUCCUCCAGGGGGGCAGCCGGUACUUGAUCAGAAUGGUCUACCUCUGUUGCAUGGUGUUGUACCAAGUGCAACAGGACAAGUAAUUAUUCGUAAACAACCGCCGCAAAAGAAGGGUCAAAGAAUGAUUAUGCCCAAGCCCACGGCAACUACCAGUGCCAACAUAGUCACACAAGCAAUUCAAACAAAUAACGGUGUUUUGAUAGGUGGAGGAACCAUAGUUCCUCAGCAACUUCUUCAAAACGGAACAGUCUUAGCCCCUAAUUUAGGACAAAUAAUCACAGGCAAUGGCCCAAUUUUACAACAACAAAAUGUAAUUACAACAUUUGUCCCAGCUCUUUCUACACAAACUACACAAUCCACAAGUACACCAGUUGUUACACCAACUCAAAGCGAAUCAUCUAAUUCAAAAAAGCUUGAAAAAGGAAAGAAACCUAAAGGAAAAAAGAUUAAGGCUUCACCUGAUGAUGAUAUUCUGGCUAAAGCCGCUGAACAUAUAUUUAAGUCCCCAGAUGUUGACGUAAAUCUUUCACCUCAAAAAGACGACAUUGUCGAAAACAGUGAAACAGAAGAAAAUGAAAUAGAUUAUCUUGACAUGCCAUGUUUAUCAAUAGUUACUGAUGUAGAGGCACCGAGUAUAAAUACUACGCAAUCUGCUAAGGCGUCACCUUCACCUAAAAAAGAUAAACAAAAAAAAUGUUCAACUCCAUCCCCGCAGAAAAAAGUAGGAAGUAACGAAGGAGUUAAGUCCGAAAAAGAUACAUCUAAUUCUCCUAAUCUUAGCAAAAAAGCAAAGAAAGCAAAAGGAGAAUCAUUGAAUACGGUGGACAUACUCCCUGAUACUAUUGAAUUUGCAACAAAAGAUUUGCCAUCCGUCUUGGAUCGAAUAGAAAAUAUGAAUGCUUCUUCCGUGUCAGCAGACGCUGUUGAACGGAAGGGGAUAAAGCGAGCUGCUAAUCCAUUACUGAUUCCUUCAGCAAAAAAAGCCAAAACAGAGUCAAACACCUCAACCACUAAUUCUGACUAUGGCAAUCAAACCAACUUUAAUGAUACUUCUAUUAACCAUAACAAUAAUACGAGAGGAAAAUCUGCGAAUCAAAAACAAGCUAAUACAUCAAAACGAAACAACACUACUCCUGCUAAGAAAACUCCAAAGAAAAAUAAUAACUUUGGAAGUGAUCCCUAUACUUUCGUUGACGAGGAUGAAGCGGUAGCAGAAACAAAAGAACUUGUUGAAGAAUCUCCACUUAAUAACUCAAACAAACAAGAUAAAUCUACUGAAAGAUCACCUAUAAAAAAAUCAGAAGUUACUCCUCCGAAAGUGACUCCUGUUGUUACCGAAGACACGCAGUCUUCGCUUAAAGAGGGUUUUAAAAAUAAAAAUGAAAAAAAUAGAAGUGAAAAGGAAACAGCUACUGAGACUACUCCGAGAACACAUGAUACUUCAACAUCAGAGACUACCCCUGAUAAAUCAAAUAGUUCUUCCAAAAAGCAUAAAGAAAAGCACAAGAAGAAGAAGAAACACAAAGAUAAGGAGAAGAAGCACAAACAUAAGCAUAAAAGCAAAGAUAAAGAGAAAAAUGAAAAGGAAAAGCAAGUUAUUACUAAAGAUGUUAAAUGUUUAAAUGAAGAUAAAAACGAAACAAUGCCGUCCUAUUUGGAAUCGUUCAAUGGCCCUAUACCGAAUUUAGGAACGCCAAUGCCUGCAAAAAUAGCUGAUGAACCUAAUGGUCUCGAAUUGCUCAAUGAUAUGCCUACACAAGACAGUUUGGUUAUUCCAGAUGCCUUUACAGAUCCUCCGCGUCGAUCAGUUGUGCCGCCUCCCCUUGCUCAACCAAUAACUCACUACGCACCCCCGCACCCAUCUAUCCAACCAAAUAAACCAAUAAAUGAGGCAAAAAAAUCAUCCUGCAAUGUUCGUUCAACAACAUCCUCUCCCAGUAAAGCAGUAGGGACCCCUUUGACAGCAUCCAAACCAUCUCCAUCUGCAUGUGGAAUUCCAUCGUCGAAUUCUAUACCUAUUGCCAAAAGUACCCCAACAAAACCGUCAUCGGAAAGCGGCAGCGCAAUGCGUUUAACUCAUAUGGAAACAAGUACAUCUUCGACAAAACAAAAGCAAACUGUAGCACCUGCUGCCCCGCCAUUUUUGUCGCAACACUAUGGAGGCCAGUAUGGUUUGUCUCAAAGGGGUUGGACUCAUGAGCCGAUAAUUCCUCCCCCAUUCUCUUUUUCACUCACUUCUGGCCCCACGACAACUACAACUCAUUCGAAUUUUAUAAUGCCUUCGCAGCAAUCCUGUUCAAAAGUAAGAUCGUCCCACAGUGCUGUGCAGCAGCCUGCUGCCCACCGGUCGUCUACUGCUUCACGUGAUCCUUAUACAGGACUUAGUCUUCUUGAUCCAUAUGAAAAUCACGUUACUGCACCCCCUCCACAUACGUCUUCGAGUCGCAGACACGGCAAAAGUAGUAGUAGUGGUAGUAAGGGUCAUGUUGAUACUAAUCUAGGUAAUUCUAUUUUCGACCAAGCGGCUACUCUCCUACCCCCAACAGCUCAUACUCAUUCUUUUAUGGGUUGGCCAUCAUGUGGACUUGAGGGUACUCAGCAAGGACAGCAAGUUUCUAAUCAAGGACAAGAUCAAGCAACUGCUUGGGCAGCUCACAACAUGAACAUGUUUGCAUGGCAGCAGAUGGCACAUCCCUCUGCACCCGGAGCAUCGCAUAUGAGCGAAAGAAUGGCUCCAACGUUUGCCGCUCCUUUCGGCAUUCCACCACACGCCGGUCAUUUCCCCCCACAUUCGUUGAGUUAA